AUGCCGCCCCCCAAAAAAGAAAAGGUCGUGUCCGUUUUCGUCAUCGAAACCGAGAGCGAAAAAGAAAUCGAAGAGCGAGUUUGACAAAGAAUGGGCCGCAAAAUUGGCAGAGAGCGACAAAGGCUCAUUUUAUGAGCAAGAGAAGUGGCUCGAGGGGUUGGAUAUUCAGAAAAGCCAAAAUACUGCAGUUGCUGAGAGUGCAAGCCAUUCCAAAAUCCAGCUUGAAGAGCCAGAUGAAGAAAGCCAGUUAAGCUCAUCGACCCCAUCUGCCGAUGGAACGUGGAAAACAAUAAGAGGUCGAGCUAUCGUAUCGAGCAAAAAGCUGCUUGAGAAAAUGGACGAGUCUGUAUCUUGUCGAUUUUGCCAGGGAAUAGUCCAAGUCAUGGAAAGUGUAGCGACUAAGCAUGGACUUGGUUCUACCUGGAGAAUCCAGUGCGAGAAUGAAAGCUGUCCGUCGCACAAGACAAAUUCUGUUUUUAAUUCUUCCGAGAAGAGCAGAGCGUUUGAAAUAACCGGGCCUCAGUUCUUGGCCUUCGAGCAAUCGGUGGCGGACAUUCGGCGCCUUCAAAGUUUUUUAGUUUCCUUGGCCUGGCGCCGAUCAACAAAAACGCCUGGGCGGAUCAUACAAAAAAGAUCGAAGGAGAGGCAAAACUUUUGCUCGUGA